GGCGCCCGGGGGUGGGUGGGGGGAGGGGCUCGCGGGUCGAAGCGGGGCGAUGGAGGAGGCCGGGGACCCCUGGCCCUCCGAGUCAAGAGAAUCCCUACUUGCAAGGAGGAGAAGUUCGGAUGACUUCUGGCUCUUAAGAAGUCACUCUUCUGAGGCUGACAAUGAGCAGGAUGUGCAGGUACCAGAACAUGAAAUCCCAUCAUCUGUGUAUGAGAAGGACCAAAAACUAAGCACUUGCAGCAGGAAAAAAUCUUCACAUGUUUGGCAGGACCCAUGGACCCCCCUGCAGAAGGCCUACUCACCUCUGGAUUCUGGAAAGAAGAAAGCUACCAGAGAUUGGCUAACACAGAAGCAUGUUUCUCUUGUGCAGGCGGUAUCUAGUGAAAGCAAAGGCAUUACUGAUUCUGCCAAGACCAUCUUAGAUGAAGAAGAUUAUUUUGUGAAGGAGGUGGACAGGUACUUGAAUCACAAUGACUUCUUAAAUCUGAGGAAGAAGGAGAUCCAAUACAAGAAAUGGCUUGAGCGUGUUUCAGAGCCACUGCUGCAUAAGAUUGAAGACAAAGUUGACAGCCAGUCAAGUGAAGAAAUAGAGGAAAGGAAACGAAAUCAGCUGGCUCUCUAUUUAAACUACUGUAAUAAGAAGGGCAAUGUCGUUUUUGAAGAUUAUGAUGCUUCGGAGUAUGAUCCAUUCUUCCUGAAAACACAUACCAACUACUGGAAGGUUUCAACUCCACCUUUCAAGGAUCCCCUGUUAAAGGAGGUGCAAGGAAAGUCCCUUGAGAAAGGGAUUAUCCAGCAGUGUGAGACAGGAAGAAUAUAUUCUGCCAAGGAAAUGAAUGAACUACAUAAGGCAAAGCUGCCGCCACUUCCGUUGGGUCGGCAACGUUGGGAUGCAGUUGAGUGGCUGAAAAUAGCCCCAGGAUAUAUCGACAGCGAAGUUCAUCAGAGAAAGAGGAGAAGAAUGACCAGAAACCAAAACAAAGGCACCCUGGACUUCAAGGCCUGGUCCAACACCGCCUGCCUUCCCAUCCUUCGGAAAGAGGGGAUGCAUAUCCACCAGACUCCAUCUUCACAGCUUGUCUCACAGACCUGCCACAAUCAUACAACAGAUCCAUGACAAGAAUAUUUACUUGCAUGAAAAAAGCACUAGGAGAACGGCAAAUCUGUAGCUUCCUUCAAUACCCAGGAACAGAGAAGGGCCAGGAUUAUGACCUGCCAGCUCUUUACACACUUCAAAAAACAAGGAAGUGCUUCAUGGCCUCUGCUUUGGUAACUCAUCUCUUAGAUUAUUAAACUGAAAUUAAAGUUUAAAAAUCAAAUGUGCCAUUUACUUUUGUGCUGUUUCCUUUAUGGAUUUUUCUUAGCUCAGGCAACUUGAUUAGAAAAGCUACAUGCAAGUGAAGUAUUAAUAUAAUUAAUAGCAUUGCCAAUUCAUACUGUAUUUGGUAUUUUUAUGAAAUUGUGAGAAUCAUUUUCCACUAUAAAAGUUUUUAGUCUUUCUGGUUGUAGACAGAAGUUGAAAAAGGCAAAUCCUAAAGGCACAAAUACUGAAAGCACAAAUCUAAAGCUGAAAGAUACAUAACAAAAUAAUGCUUUUUAAGAUGACCUUAUGAUUUGGGAGGCCUAGCCUGAUUUUUUAAUGCUUGGGGUUGGCAAUAUAGUUCUUGUUUCUUUAAACAUUUAUGUAUAUGCUUCACCAGGGUAGGGCUGAAGGCUUUCACGGUAGUUUGAAUAAGUAAAAUUAUGCAUGUGUUUGCAGGUUCAUAGAUUCAGCCCAUGUCACUGCUAGCUCUCUUGCACUAUAUGCUGCAAUGUGUUGCAGAAACUGAAGAAAAAUAUAGUUGUUUUAAGCAGGGUGGAUUUGAUUUAAAUUAAAUUGACUUAAAUCACUGGUCAGGAAGCCUUGAAUUAAUCACUGUUUUCUGCAAAAAGUGCAUUCUGUUUUAUUUAACCUUAUGCGGUGGCGAGAGACCCCCACAGGCCUCAGAAAUGCCGGGGGCAAAACCCGGCAUUCCUGAAAGGGAAAGGAGAGCCACCUGCACCUGGGGAUA